CACCUGGCCCCUAAAAAAAAAAAGAUAUUAAAGAGGACACACACCUACCUACCUCUAGCUAGAUAUAAUCAAAAAAUGGUGCUUAAAAACUUUUUGGGUCAGUUCCUCUUAAGUGUAGGCACAGAAAAUGCCUUGCAAAUUCCACAGUAUAAAACAGAAGGGAGACAGCUGAAAGAGGAAACUGAUGUUACUCUGCUGAAACUACAUUGAUCCCCGGUAAGAUACACAUACACUUGAAGGUUAAGUAGCUUCAGCUCUCAGCUAAUCCGGUGUAAUCUGCCGCUCCAUGGCCGUCUGUACUCUUGGCACACUGCUUUCUGAAUGCCGAAGAUCUGGCUUUUCCCUUCUGUUCAAACACCCUGUGGAGAGAGUGAUGCGCCUCUUGGCACACCUGUGCGUUACGCUGAGUUUUCUGGAAGGAGUUCGUGUUAUGUGUCCUUCACAGUGCUCCUGCGAACACCACGGAAGGAGUGACGACUCGGGGUCAAGGGUGGUGCUAUGUGACGACCUGGAUAUGACUGAGGUCCCCACCAACCUCCCUGUGGACACAGUGAAGCUCCGCAUAGAGAAGACGGCCGUCCGCCAGCUGCCGGCUGAGGCCUUCUAUUACCUGGUGGAGCUCCAGUUCCUCUGGGUGACGUACAACGCCCUGGGCAGCCUGGACACCAGCAGCUUUUACAACCUGAAGCAGCUUCACGAGCUGCGCCUGGCUGGGAACGCCCUGACCGCCUUCCCCUGGGCAGCUCUGCGGGACAUGCCCCAGCUGAGAAGCCUGGAUCUGCACAACAACCGCAUAGCCAGCGUGCCCCUCGAGGCCACCGGGUACCUCAAGAGCCUCGCCUACCUGGACUUAUCAAGCAACAGACUGGCCACCCUGCCGCCAGACUUCCUGGAGAGCUGGGCCCACUCAGUACCACUGCCUAGAAGCCGGGACCUCCCUCGCAGAGCUAUUCUGGGUCUGCAGGACAAUCCUUGGUUGUGUGAUUGCCACAUUUCCAAAGUGAUUGAGCUGUCCAAAGUGGCCGACCCCACUGUGGUGCUCCUGGACCCGCUGAUGGUCUGUAGUGAGCCGGAACGCCUGGCAGGGAUCGCCUUUCAGCGGGCCGAGCUGGAGCAGUGUCAGAAGCCGUCGGUGAUGACCUCAGCCACCCAGAUCACAUCGGUCCUGGGCAGCAACGUCCUGUUGCGGUGUGACGCCACCGGGGCUCCCACCCCACAGCUCACAUGGACCAGAGCAGAUAGCCUGCCGGUUAAUUCCACAGUCAUCCAGGAAUCUCCGGAGGAAGGAGUCAGAUGGUCCAUCAUCAGCUUGACAAGCAUUUCUCACAAGCAUGCCGGGGACUAUAAAUGCCAGGCUAAAAAUCUGGCUGGGACGUCCGAGGCUGUGGUUACGGUGAUGGUGGUGAGCGCUGUCACAACUACUGAGUCGUCAGACACUUCCAGAGGAGCUGAAGAGCCCCCCGCGCAGCUCCUGCCGGAAUCUAGAAACUCCACGGCCAUUCCGGCUUUCCUGGCAUCUUCCUGGCCUCCUUCUUCCCCGACCUCCCCCACCCUUUCUGCUUUUAACUCUUCUCCUGCCUCGACUGCUUCACUCUCCUCUUCUCCUUCCUUCUCCUCCACUACGCCUUCAGCAGCGACUCUAAGAGCCAGAAGGCCAACCAGCAGCACCCCCGCCAGCCAGCAGGAUGGGAAAGGCCCUGUGAAGGUGGUGGAGCCGGCUGGAAAUAAGCUUCCCUCCCCCAGAGCCAGUAAAAAGGAAGGGCUGGAGUUACAGGAUCGAGCGAAGCCCUUGGAGACCAGUGGCACAGUGGGGAAUCUCAGGGUGUUCAGCUGGACCCGGGACAGCGUGACCCUGAUGUGGGAUGUGGCCAACUCCACGCAGAGCCAGGAGCUCACCGUGCAGUACUCCAGGCCCGGCGACCAGGACCCGCUGCUGCUGCCCGCACACUCCAGCCAGGAGCAAGUCACCAUCGCAGGCUUGGAGCCCGGCCAGCAGUACGUGGCCUGCGUGUGUCCGAAAGGAGUCCCUCCCCGGCAGGGCCAGUGUGUCACCUUCUCUACCGAGGGAGGUGGAGCGGGCUCCUUGCUGGUCGCGGUGGGUGGCACGGCCUGUGUCCUCCUUCUGCUUUUGAUUUUUCUCCUGCUGUACAAAGUCUGCAGUCUGCAGUGUAAGUCGGAUUCCUUGUGGGAUGACGACCUGGCCAAAGAGACCUACGUUCAGUUUGAGACCCUGUCCCCCCGAUCUCAGAGUCUAGGGGAGCUCUGGACGCGAAGGCACAGGGAUGACUCUGAAAAGUUGCUGCUCUGUUCUAGGCUGAGUGUGGACUCUCAGAGGACUUGUACUGACAGAAGUAGAGCUUCCAGACUGGAACACUGUCACUGAGGAGUCACAGCAGAGGCACGCUGGGUGCCACACAGCUUCUGCCACAGAAUGAAGGCUCUGAGGCCAUAGUUGCCCAUGUCUGUGGGUGAUAUUUUGGACAGAGCUUUGGGGGGCUGGAGAUAGUUGCCUUACCCUGUGCAGAGCCCUGGGCUGGAGCCCUGACACCACAUGGGAGCACCGGACUGCACCAGGGGAGGGCCGUGGUUGGUGGAAUGGUGCUAUGGUGUUUCCUCUCUUUUGACUUCUUCAUUUUUCUUUCAAUAAAAAUAAGAAUGAAUAAGUGGGGAAAGUAUUCAACAGUGGUAUCUCACAGGCAUGUGUGAGACAUGG